UCAAUUUGGAGAAAUGUGGUGGAAAAGGAUGGCGAAGAAACAACUUUUUCCCGCUGUUGUGAACACUUUAAACAGUUUAAACUACUAACCUAGAAAAUAAGAAUUGUUAUUAGUAUUUAUUUAUUAUAAUACCCAGUACUUUCCUUAUAAUGAGACGUAGCCUAGCUCCUAGCCAAAAAUUGUCAAAGAAUUCUCCUCAAACCAAUAAAAAUGAAAUUUUUACAUCUCUACCAACGAAAAGAACCAGAGAGAGGUCUAAAGAUGAAAAAAGUGCAAAACGGGCACCACUUGCACAAGUCGAUAAUCAAAUAAUUCAUAUAUCAGACCACGAACUACUCAUCAAGAAACUUUCUAGGCCUUUCAAGUGUCCUAUUCCGAAUUAUGAAGGUUCGAAUUCUACCAGAAACUUGGGUAUACGAAGGCCUCAAGUGAAGAGGGCUUUGUACGAUCCAAACAUGCCCAACGCUUUGGUUUUGUAUGCCCCGCCCGAGUUAACUGAGCACGACAAAAUGAAGAAAAAGGAUGGCACUGUUUUAGUUCACGUCGUCGUAGAUCCUCUCUUAGGAAAUAUACUGAGGCCGCAUCAGAGAGAGAGGGCCCUUUUCACCAUUAUUCGGUUUAUCUCUUUGAAGUUUCAGAUUCAGUGGCUGAAAGGUCGUUUACAGUCUAUGAUUAUGGACGGGGGGCCCGAUGCAAAGAAAAAGCUCACACAGUUUAUGCAGGGGCAAGGCAGAACUGCGAUACCGGUGCUCAUCAUUUCUUACGAAACGUUUCGAAUGCACGCUGAAAUCUUACAUAAAAGUGAAAUAGGUCUUGUUCUUUGCGACGAAGGGCAUAGGUUGAAAAAUUGUGAGAAUCAAACAUAUAGGGCUCUGAUGGGACUCAAAGCUAAAAGACGAGUUUUGCUGAGCGGAACUCCCAUUCAAAAUGACCUUACAGAAUACUUCAGUCUCAUCCAUUUUGUUAACGAAGGUCUUUUAGGCAGUGCUUCGGAGUUCAAGAAGAAGUUUGAGAAUUAUAUACUGAAAGGUCAGGACUCGAUGGCAACAGACUUGGAACGUCAACACGCUUCAGAACGCUUGCUAGAGCUGACUACGAUUGUUAACAAAUGCCUCAUCCGUCGUACCUCCUCCCUGCUGACCAAAUACCUCCCAGUCAAGUUCGAAAUGAUAAUUAUCUGCCAGCUAACCCCCCUCCAGAAACAACUCUACCUGAACUACAUCAACUCUGAGUCAAUCAAGCGAAGUGUUGUCAACAACGAAGACGCCAAAGCAACUCUCAGCUCUUUAGCCAGCAUAACGACUCUCAAAAAACUUUGCAACCACCCUGAUUUGGUUUUGGAUAAGAUCUUGGAGGGGGCCGAAGGAUUUGAGAAGAGCAGCAACCUUUUGCCUCCGAAAAAUGGAGAGAACGACGUUAGGCCCGAGUUGUCUGGGAAGUUGAUGUUGCUGGAUUUCUUUUUGGCUAACUUGAAGGCGAAUUACAGUGACAAAAUCGUUUUGGUGUCGAAUUACACUCAGACUUUGGAUCUGUUUGAGCGGCUGUGCAAACGAAGAGGAUACUUAUAUGUGCGACUUGACGGCACAAUGUCUAUCAAAAAAAGAGCCAAGGUUGUGGAAAAUUUCAACAAUCCAGAAUCGAAA